GCGAGUGGGUGGGGACGUUUCCAUCUGCAGUUCCACGCGGGACAUUGAACUGAAAAACAGUCAAACAACGAACAGUACAAUUUCAUCCCCCCCUCGAAAUUUCCUUCCAUUUUAAAAUUCUCCCGUUUGCUGGGAUUCUGGAUAAGCUUCAACCUCAAAUUGACAAUUCCCUCCCUAUUUUCCAUUUCUUUCUUUUCAUUUUAAAAAUGUUUUCAAAUCUGGUUCCUCUUGUUCCACGCGCUCUUACCAUUCCAAACACGCCUUUGUGUCGUUCAAAUUUAUACUGCCCACCUAUAAAUACCCAUCUCCUUCCUCCACUCCUUCUCGCAAAUCGGAUCCGAUCCACCAAAUUCCAGAAUACCCAAAAUUUCUUAUCAAAAUUCUAAUCUCGAUCUUGGAUCAGACAUGGUCGAUUUGGGUUGGAAGGCCAACAUGGUAUCCUCCGACAAGAACACUAGAUCCCCAAAGUUGAUCUCCAACAAGCAGCUCAAUCUAUCUCUUCCCGUUUCGUUUCGAUCUUCCGAGCUCUCCACUGCUUCCCCUUCCUCUUGUUCUGCCUACGAGCACUACCUUCGCCUCAACGAUCUCAGGAAGCUAUGGAGUUCCAGGGACUUUCCUGAAUGGAGAAGCGAGUCAGUUUUGAAGCCCGGGUUGCAAGCUCUGGAGAUUACGUUCCGGUUCAUUUCGACGGUUUUGUCCGAUCCGCGGCCGUACGCGAACCGGCGGGAGUGGAAGAGGAAGCUUGAGUCUCUCACCACCACUCAGAUUCAGCUCAUUGCUAUGAUUUGUGAGGACGACGAAGAGGACGGCGAAGCACGCGGCAGAAUCCCGAUCGUUGAUCUGAGCUCUUCCGACGGCGUGAUUACUCGCGAGGGGAGUUCGGCGGAGGUGUGGAAGGUUCGCGGAGAAGCUACUGUUGUGAGCAGAACGAGUGAGGCGAGUUUGCUUCCGCGGCUUGCGUCGUGGCAGAGCUCUGAGGACAUCGCGCAGAUGAUUCUGUACUGCGUGGAGUGCGAGAUGAGGAGGUGUCCGUACACGUUAGGGUUAGGGGAGCCAAAUUUGGCCGGGAAGCCGAAUCUCGAUUACGACCUAAUUUGCAGGCCCAACGAGCUUCAUUCUCUGAGAAAGACUCCGUAUGAUCAACAAAUCGAAAAUUACGAGAAUCAGACGGUUUACACCACGCAUCAGAUCCUGGAGUCGUGGAUUUUUGCCGCGCAGGAGCUUCUAAAACGGAUCACAGAGAGAAUCGAGAGGAAGGAUUUCGCGAGAGCUGCGAGCGAUUGCUAUUUGUUGGAGCGGAUCUGGAAGCUUUUGCAGGAGAUCGAGGAUCUCCACCUACUCAUGGAUCCGGACGAUUUCCUGAAGCUGAAGAAUCAACUCGCGAUCAAAUCGCUGCAGGAAUCAGAAGCGUUUUGCUUCAGAUCGACGACGCUGGUGGAGAUUACGAAGCAAUGCAAGGAUCUGAAGCACAAGGUACCGUUCAUCUUGGAGGUGGAGGUGGAUCCGAUGGGCGGCCCUAGGAUUCAAGAGGCGGCGAUGAAGCUGUACAGCGAGAAGCGAGAGUUCGAGAAGAUUCAUCUGCUUCAAGCUCUGCAAGCGAUCGAAGCGGGGAUCAAGAGGUUCUUCUUUUCCUACAAGCAAGUUCUGGUUAUCGUGAUGGGAAGCUUGGAGGCGAAGGGGAACCGAGUCGUGGUGAGUUCCAACUCGGACGACUCACUGAGUCAGAUAUUUUUGGAAUCGACUUAUUUUCCGAGUUUAGAUGCAGCCAAGACGUUUCUCGGAGAUAUACAUGGAGUUUUCGGGUCGGAUAGAAGGACCCGGAUGAAGCUGUAGGACUUGGGUUGACCCGGUCUGAACAAACGUUGACUUUGGUUCUGCAAUUUAUUUCCACAUAUAGGUCUGGACCCACAGGAUUCGAAAAUACAGCAAAUUAAAUUAAUUAUUUUUUAAAAGAAAAAGAAUGUAAAAUGUUAUAUUAAUUUGUAUCAGUUACAUGUCAAAUUGUUUUGUCUUAGUUUAUUAAUUAAACAUUUUUGGAUUAAAUUAUACAUUUAAUUGUAAGAUGAAGUUGUUGGGUUUGACGGAUAAGCAAUGGGAUGCGGGCUGCAAUUCAAAGUCGGAAA